GCCGUCCCCCCUGCGGCGGCGGCGCGGUGGUGCGGGCCGGCCGGGGAGCUGCGGGCUCGGAGUUUGAACCGCCCCACUCCUCCAGCGGGCAGGGGCGAGCGCCAGGCUGGUGACGAGGGCCCGUGACACGCAGAGCUGAAACCAUGGUUCAACAGGUGCUGUACCGGGCACUGGUCUCCACCAAGUGGCUGGCAGAGUCAGUCCGGGCGGGCAAGCUGGGGCCUGGCUUGCGGGUGCUGGACGCGUCCUGGUACUCGCCCGGCACACGCGAGGCCCGCAAGGAGUACCUAGAGCGCCACGUGCCUGGAGCCUCCUUCUUUGAUAUAGAGGAGUGCCGGAACACAGCCUCGCCCUACGAGAUGAUGCUGCCCAGCGAGGCGUUCUUCUCCGACUACGUGGGCCGCCUGGGCGUCAGUAACGACACGCACGUGGUGGUGUAUGAUGGUGACCACCUGGGCAGCUUCUAUGCGCCACGGGUCUGGUGGAUGUUCCGUGUGUUUGGCCACCGCACGGUGUCACUGCUCAAUGGCGGCUUUCGGAACUGGCUGAAGGAGGGCCACCCGGUGACAUCUGAGCCCUCAUCCCCGGAGCCCACCAUCUUUAAAGCCAAACUGGACCAGUCCCUGCUCAAGACUUACGAGCAGGUGCUGGAGAACCUCGAAACUAAGAGGUUCCAGCUGGUGGAUUCACGGUCUCAAGGACGGUACCUGGGUAAGGAGCCAGAGCCAGAUGCUGUAGGACUGGACCCAGGCCACAUCCGAGGCUCAGUGAACAUGCCAUUCAUGGACUUCCUGACAGAAGAUGGCUUCGAGAAGAGCCCGGAGGAGCUGCGCGCCAUGUUCAAGGCCAAGAAGGUGAACCUGGCAGAGCCCCUCAUCGCCACGUGCCGGAAGGGUGUCACUGCCUGCCACAUCGCCCUGGCUGCCUACCUCUGUGGCAAGCCUGACGUGGCCAUCUACGACGGCUCCUGGUUUGAGUGGUUCCACCGGGCUCCCCCAGAGACCCGUGUGUCCCAGUGGAAGGGCCGGAAUGCCUGAUCAGAGGCCCCUCUGCUCACUGUAAUGCCCCUCAGUUUAGUGACCUGGCCUGAGGGGCGGAUGGUUCAGACCUCCUCCACAGAGGAGGAGGCUGACAGGGCCUUAGAAUUGCUGUGCACAGCUCUCCUCCCCCCAACAGCACUGGAAUAAACUUUGUCUUCUCUGA